UAAGUUUAUCAUUUAAUUUCCGAAUCUAAUGGGCCUGUACGUAUUCAUAUCAGAGAGGACCUAAUAUCGCCACAUACGUGGGCUUGUUGGAAGCCCUAAAGAAAAGCCUUAUAUACAGUUCUUCUCCACUCCAACUCCAUUCGCCGUUCCUGCAAAACCAAAACUAAAACCAAAACCCUCUCUUCUCUUCUUUUCUAUCUCUCUCACUCCCUUGAAUACAAUUCCCAUGGCUCCCAGGCGGCUUAAGGAAGCACCACCUCCUGCUGAUUCUUCUUCUGAUGAGUCAGAAUCUGAAAGCGAAGCCGGCAUUGAAGAAGAGAAUGGUGUCGCAGCCGAGGCCGAUAAUGGAGAACGAUCUAGUCAACACGAAGAAGACGAAGAUGAAGAGGAGGAUGAUGAUGAUGAUGAAGAAGAAGAAGAAAAAGAAAAACUUUCAUUGACUAACACCAAAGAGGAAUCUGACUCUGGUUCCGACUCGGAGACGGAUUCGGACUCUGUCUCGGACGACACCGCCCCACCUUCGCCGACCACUGCUGACUUCACUAUCAAGCCUUCAAAGUCUAUUGAUGACUCUGUCCAGUCUAAGGUGAAAAAGCCCACGAAGGCCAAUGUAUCGACUCCUGCCCCAGCAUCCACUCCCCCGCCGAAGCGUGCGGCUGAGAAAGACCUUGAUGGAAAUAACUCAAAGAAGAAGAAGGGCACAGCUGAAGAGGACCUGAAACAGGUAUCCUCGCAUCAGCGAUUGUGGAGUGACGACGAUGAAAUUGAGAUCUUGAAGGGAUUGAUUGAUUAUCAGUCGAAGAAAGGGAAAGACCCCACCGCUGAUAUGAGCGCUUUUCUUGAUUUUAUCAAGAAAAAUCUCCACGUCGAUGUGGAAAAGAGGCAGUUGUCGACCAAGAUAUCCAGGUUGAAGAAGAAGUAUUUUAGUAAUGCUGAGAAAGUUGAAAAAGGCGAGAUUCUUUCGAAGCCUCAUGAUCGCAAGUCGUUUGAGUUGUCCAAGAAGAUUUGGGGUAGUAUUAAUGGUCAUGGUAGUGAUGAUAGUGGUAAAAGCACUAAGAACAAGUCGAAGCAGAUUGUGAGUAAUGAUAGUGAAGUAAAGACCAACCCUAAUGAAGCAGAUGACUUCUCGUCUAAAUAUCCAUGCCUGACGGACUCUCUGAAACUUGUAAGUUCCAUCUCUGAAAACUUAUUGAUGCAAGCACUUCCUUUGAUGGCAAGUUCCAAGUUGAAGGAAUUGGAGAAUAAGUGGAGGAAGCUGCACAUGGAAGGAAUGGAGCUUCAAAACAAGAGGAAUGAAUUGACUUAUGAACAGAGUAAACUUGUAUUGAAGUUAUUGUAGUCAUUCAAGCUAGGAUUUUUCUUGUUUAACUGUUGCAGUCUUUCUUUUCUGUUUAUUUUUUAAAUGUUUUGGAUAUUUUGAUCACAAGGUUGAGAUUUUAAGAUGUUUUAGGAAUUACCAAAUUUUGUUGAGGAGGAUCAUCUUUUUCAAAUAUCUUGUCAAACUAUAUGAAUUUGUUAAUAUAUAUAUAGGCCAUUUUAACUCUAA